AUGUUUGAGGGAAUGGUGGCGGGUCUACUGACCAAGUACUUGGGAGACUUUGUAGACAAUAUUGACCCCAAGCAGUUGUCCAUCUCUAUCUGGGGAGGUGACGUUGUCCUGCACGACCUGAACCUCAAGCCGGACGCUCUGGCUUCCCUAGAGCUCCCGGUUACAGUCAUUCGUGGUGUCAUUGGCUCGCUCGUUCUCAAGGCCGACUGGAAGAACCUCAAGUCCAAGCCGGUCGUCGCCGAGCUCUCGGACGUCUACGUUGUCGCUGGGCCAAAGGCUGCCGAGCCGUACGACGAAAAGACCGAGAACGCCAAGGCCCAGGCGGCCAAGCAGGCUCAGCUUGUGGCGCUGGAGGAUGCCAAGGCCCAGGCUGCGGCGGCCCGCGCUGGUCAGACGCCUGAAGAGCCGGCAGACACCUUUACCUCGCGGCUCACCGCCAAGGUCGUCGACAACAUCCAGGUCUCCAUCCGCAACAUCCACAUCCGGUACGAGGACGACGUGACCAACCCAGACGCUCCCUUUGCCUGCGGCAUUACGCUCGAGAACCUCUCGGCGUACUCGACCGACGAGAAUUGGGAGCGCAAGUUUCUCGAGGGCGACCAUCCGCUCGUCCACAAGGUUGUCGACCUCCGCAACCUCGGUGUGUACUGGAACCCGACGCCGCCGGGCGUCCAGCCACGAUUUGUGGGUGCUGUUCCGCCUGCGCGAUUUGCGCACUCCAUGGGCGCCCUUGUCCCGCGCGUCGGUGCGCCAGUCGGCCACCACUACCUCGUCCGCCCCAUCUCCGGCACCACCCACCUCAUUCUCAACAAGCGGACCCGCCCGGACAUGGCCGUGCCCAAGAUCCAGGUCACCAUCGAGCUCGACGCCCUGCAGGUCGAGAUGGAGGAGGACCAGUUUGGCUCGGCCAUGGCCCUCUCGCAGGGCUUUUCACUCUACUCGCGCGGCUACAAAUACCGCAAACACAAGCCGGCCUCUCGCCCCACAAACGGCGCAGAGUGGUGGGCCCUGGCUCGCGAGUGCGUCCUUGCAGACGUCCGUGCAAACUCACUCUCGUGGUCGCCGGCCUUCUUCAACCAGCGCAUCUCGGACAAGCGCAUGUACGUCAAGCUCUAUUCCAAGCACAAGCUCGAGCCGACCAAGAUGACCAAGCAGGAGGAGAAGACCCUCGCCAUCCUCGAGUCGCGCCUCCUCUUUGACGACAUCCGCUACUUCCGCUCCAUUGCAGACGCCCAGAUCAAGGACGAGCUCGACGCCCGCGCAGAAGCCAAAAAGGCCUCGUCUGGUGGCUGGUUCUCCGGCUGGUUCGGCGGCGGAGGGAGUGUCGAGAAGAAGAAGGACAAGGCCAAAGACAAGGCCAAGGCCAAGGGCAAGGGCAAGAGCAAGGGCGAACCGGCAGCUGCCUCGUCCGACGCCUCGGGCUCGGCCCUCGCCCUCUCCGACGAGCAGCGUGCCUUCCUCUACUCGGCCAUCGACUAUGAAGACGGCGAGAUGCACGAGACCGAAGUUCCGCCGGGCUAUGUCCACACCAAGGCCACCUUUAGCCUCGGCACUUUCUCCAUCUCGCUCAAGCAGGACGAGUCGGCGCCGCUCACCACCACUGCCCUCAACGGCCUUGUCGUCGACUACAAGCAGCGGCCCGCCAACAUGGAGGCUCUUUACCCCGACACCCGCUACCCGCUCAUCGUGUCGACGCCGCCGCCGCCGCCGGGCGUCGACCGCUCGGUCGUCCCGCUCAUUGACCUCUUCUACGAGCAGACCCCGCUCGACAAGCACGCCGACAUGGUGGUCAAGCUCUCGGCCCGCCCGCUUGAUGUAGUGUACAACGCCGGCUUUGUCACCCGCAUCUCCACCAUGUUCACCGCCGCAGCCGGCGCAGACUCAGCCGAGGCCCUCGACGACCUCUCCAAGGCCUACCAAUACCAAGUCGACUCGCUUCGCCUCUCAGCCGCCAACAACAUUGCCUACGCCGUGGAGAACCACACCACCACCGAUCUACAGCUCGACGUCGCCGCCCCGCACAUCCUCGUCCCAUGCUCUAUGACCGACGAGACCACAAAGAUGCUGGUUGUUGACCUCGGCAAGCUCUCGGCCCACUCGCAACUUGUUCCGCCGGGCGAGUCCAAGUCCGCCGCCGAGCUGAACGCCCUCUCCUCUGACGACCCGGCGCUGUACGACAUCAUUAACGUCGCCCUCCACGACGUCCGCGUCCUCGUCACUGACACAUCCCGGGUCCCUCUCGAUGUGCUCAUGUCCCGGGUCCCGACCUCGACUGGCGACGACGGCGACGACCUGCUCCGCCACGAGUUCCUCGUCCGCUCGUUCGAGCUCUCGGCCCAGGUCGCCAAUUGUGUCCUCCCGUCUAAUCCCAAGUUUACCAAGGUCAAGGUCGAGGGCUCGCUGCCGUCGCUGGCCGUCGAGGCCUCAACCCACAAGGUCCGCGACCUGAUGGCGAUUUUAGACGCAGUGGCAGCCGCCGCCGGCCCGCCGGUGCCUGCCCUUGCUGCCGACCCGCUCGCGCUCGGCGACGAGGGACUCGACGGCGCACCAACUGCGGCGCAGGCGGCUGCUGACGCCGCUUACGCCGCAGAGGUGGUCGACCACGCCGCAGAGUUGGAGCGCGCCCAUGAGGAAGCUGCUGCCGCUGCUGCCCAGGCAGAGGAGAUCCGCGACAUCGACAUCCUUGUCCAGCGCCAGCUCAUGUUCAUCGACUUUGUCAUUCACUCGAUUGACGUCACGCUCCUCGACGACUUUGACCCGGCCACUCAGGGCCGGACUGACGAGCCACGGCCGAUUCUCGCUGCACGCCUCGGCGGCGUAGCCGCACUCUACACUCAGCGGCCGUUUGACAUGCAGGUCAACCUCGGCGUCUCGAGCCUCGCUGUCGACGAUCUGGUGGGCGCGCCGGGCUCGCCGCCGCUCAUUGGCUCGUCGACCACCGGCGCAGCGUCGGAGCUCACCAUCCUCAACGUGGUGUACGUGGCGGUCCAGAAAGACUGCCCGGUCUUUAUCACCACCUUUGACUCCACCGAGACCGCCAUCGACGUCAACAUGAACCAGCUCCGGAUCCGUGUCAAUCCGGAUACCAUCCAUGAGGCACUGCUGUGGAACACGUACGCCUUUCCGCCGGCGGUUGAGGCCGAGUCAGGCGAGCUACGCGCCCGCUCGCUCUCGGUCUCGGGCACCGCUGCCGAGGUCCGCGACGACCUUUCGUCCGUCUCGGGCGCGUCGACCCUAGUCUCGCGUGCCGCCACCAUGCUCUCGUACGUCGGCUGGGGCGGCCCAGCUGCCACCGCCGAGGAGCUGGCCAAGCAAAAGGCCGCCGCUCGCCGCGAACACGACCGGCUCAUGCGGGCGCAGGCCAAGUACAUCGAGGAGGCCGGCCUGGCUACGUCGGUUCCGAGUGGACCAGGCGUCCUCGGCGCCUCGCCCACCACCUUUGCCAUCGGCUCGCCGCAGAUGCACGGUGACGAUGUGUUCUUCAACACCGACGCAGACGUGGCCACCGCGCCGGCCUUUGACCCCGUUGUUAUGCGUGUCCGCGCCCGGCUCGAUGGCGUCGUCAUUACCCUUGCCCGCCGCGACAACGCCGGCGACCUGGCCACCGUCGGCCUCGGCGCGUCGAAUGUGACUUACCACCAACGGCCGGUGACCAUGGAGGCAGUGGGCGCGCUCGGUGCGCUCUCGCUUCGUGACUGCUCGUCGCAGGGCACAAAGUACACCGACGUGCUCUCUAUCGACGGCGACAAGGUCCUCACCUUUGCGUACAACACCUUUGACGAGGACGCCGCAGACUACCCAGGCUAUCAGACCAAAGUCUACGCCCGGAUGGCCUCGGUCCGGCUCGUCUACCUCAACCGGUUCAUCACCGACCUCCUCACUUACAACACCGUCACGGUGGGGCGAAUGCUCGACGUGGAAGAGGCUGCCACGGCAGCAGCCGCGACCGCGCGCGAGCAAGCCGCAUCGAUCACGGUGGUCCCGGCCGCUGCGGCGGCGCCUGCUAUUGCCGUCCAGCCUCCGCGGGCUCGGGCGGAGAGCUCUGCAAAGGCUGGGCCUUCAGGCGCUGCACACAACGAGGCUACUGGCACACCGGUCAUCUCCAAGAUGAAGCUCGACGUCGUCCUUAUCUCGCCGACCAUCAUCAUGCCGCGGGCCUCGUACUGCGACGACGUGCUGGUCCUGGACCUCGGCGAGGUUGCGAUCGAAAACGAUUUCGAGGACUACGACGCCGAGUCCGACGUGGUUAUGGACGUCAUGUCGAUUUCGAUCACCCAGAUGCGGCUGCUGAUGGGUGAGGCGUCGGCACCGGACAACUGGCGCAACCUCCUUGCCGACGCCUCGCUCUCCCUGACCGUCAAGCAGUCACUCUGCCCGUGGGUCAAGUCGGUCCCGCCAAUGAUCAUUGCCGGCUACUCGCCCAAGAUGAAGCUUGUGCUGGAGCAGCGCGACUAUGUGCUGCUCACAGUAGUGGCGUCCGAGAACAUGGCAGAGAUUCCAGCCGACGCCGCCGACGACGUCGCCUUGGCAGCCAAGAUGGCCGCUGAGAUCGCCGCCAAGAACGAGGCCGCCGAGGCUGCCCGCAAGGCUGCGCGCGAAAAGGCAAAGAAGCGCGACGCCUUGGUUGCCGCCCGCCGCGCCGAGCAUUCGGCCAACACGCUGGGCGUGCCAGGCUCGCCUCCGCCGGCCGCCAACACGCCGGCGCCGGCCGCAGACAGCGAGACACCGACCUUCCUUACCAUGCUUGUCGACGCUAUUGUCAUCGACGAGCUGGAGCUCGAGCUGUUCAAGGGCCACGCGUCGAUCGCGUCGCUGAUGCUUUCCAACGUCGACGUCAAGUACUGGACAGACUCGGACGAAGUCAUGGUCGCCGACGUCUCUGUUUUUGCCAUCACUGUCCGCGACACCCGCGCCGGCGGCGACGACGUCUCGGUCCACCGUGACAUUCUAGCGUAUGUGGCCGACAUCGAGUCGCCGCAGCUGACUGUCAACUACACCGCGCAGCCGAACGGUGACUCGCACAUUGUGCUUGGCCUCGCCAAGCCGCGCGGCGUCAUCGUCUUUGACGCCGUCUUUGCGCUGCAAGACUACUUUGCACCGCCGCUCGACAUUAUCGAUCCGGCCAAGUCGUUUGCCGAUGCCAACGAGUACGAGUACGAGUACGAGUACGCGUACGACGGCGGCGACGAGUACGCAGCAUCGCCUGGCGACGACGAGGCUUCCCACGACGGGUCGGACGAGUUCUUCGACACCUCGGCCGAGCCGGUGGUGACCCGAAGCCGGACCCGAGCUCGGGUCCGCAAGCCGUCGCGGGCUGAGGCUGGCAAGAGCGCGGCCGGCGACGCAAGCAACGAUGCCACCACGCCGGCGCCGCUGGCGAGCACCAAGCCAGCCUACGAUCCAGUGAUGACGAUGGCAAUCUCGAUUGUCGAGCCCGAGUUCUGCCUGGUGGAGAGCCCAACGGCGGUCGACACCAAGGCGCUAGUCCUCGGCUUUUCGCUGGACAUGGACUACCUCGGCGUUGCCGGGCCCAAACCGCGGAUGGCAAUCGAUGCCCGGCUUCGCGGGCUGGACAUUAUCAAGUGCAAGCUCUCGGCGCGCGAGACGACCGAGCUUGUGCUCAUGGAGCCGUGCAACCUGACCGCCAAGUACGAUGUUGAGUCGCGGCUAGAGGAGCUGACUCGGCUGCAGCGGCUGGCGCUUGUGGCGCCGGCGCCGACCCCGGCGCCAGGAACGGACCCCGAGAACGGCGGGGCGGGCGCGUCGGCGCCGGCCAAGGCCUCGGCGUCGGGCGCCGUCGGGUCGGCAGCUCAGCUUGGGCAGGCUCUGCCGACGUAUGUGACCGAGACUGAGAUCGAGGCCAAGCUGGACGCUAUCGACCUUCGGAUUGCCUACCGCGACUACCUGCUGAUCAAUGCCAUCAUGGCGACGCUCUCGCCGGCCCCGGUCGAGAACGGGAGCGCGGACGAUGCAAAGGCCGACUGCGGAGAUACUACCACGCUGAGUGAUGCGAUCAAUGCCAACCAGAUCGAGACGGUCGACGCAGACGCAGUGAUGGCAGACGUAGAGGACGACGCUAUGGACCUGGACCUGGACAACUUCUUGAUCGGGUCCGAGGCGUCGGGCUCGGAUGACGGGCGCGCGUGCAAGGCCGAAUUUGGCGUCAAGCCUGCGGCGGAGCUGACGCCUGCGGCCCGCGACGCUGGAGCCGUGGCAGAGGUAUUUGUGGAGAAGCUCAACGCGGAGGUUGUGGCGCUCCGGGCGGUGGUCAUCAACGACCGGCUGGCCGGGCAGGAGACACCACUGGUCGACUUUCGGAUUCGGACGGUGCAGGCAGCAGUCACCAACUGGUCGUCGAACAUGGACGCGCGGGUUGCGCUUGCGCUCACCUCGGACUACUACAACAACAAGCUUGCGCUGUGGGAGCCCAUGGUGGAGCAGUGGGGCCUCAUCGCGCACGUUACGUCGACGGUGGAGCCGGAGGCGAUGCACAUCCACGUAGAGGCGCCUGCAGUCCUCAACGUGACGGUGACACAUACGUUUGUGGAGGCCAUGUACAAGGUCUCGUACAUGCUUGCCGAGGAGGAUGCUGCGAGCUCGGAGAGCGUGGCGGCCGACGUGCCGUUUGAGCCGUACCGCAUUGUCAACGCCACCGGCGCUUCGGUCAAGUACUGGCUGGCGGCGGACGAGGUCCGGCGGCUGCCGAUUUUUGGCGCAGAGCCGUUUGACUUUAAGGCUGCAGUGGCGUCGGGCGCGCUUUCGAGCGGCAACGACGCCGGCGAGAGCGGUCGGUCGUAUGGCAUCGACCGGCCGCACUACAUUGUGGUCCGGGUUGCUGGUUUUGGUGACGUGACGCAGAUUCCAGUCGACCGGGUCGGCGAGUACCGGUACACGCUGGUGCCGCGGACGAGCUCACGAGCAGGCAAGGUCGAAGCCGAGCGGCCGCCGAUCAUGCUCGAGGUCCGUGUUGCGCUUGAGGGCGAUACCAAGGUGGUGACACUGCUCUCGAUGGUGCGGGUGGUGAACAAGACGGUGAUGCCGAUGUCGAUCCGGCUCGACUGCCCUGACAUGAAACCUGUGGUGCUGCCUCCGCUUGCGCCCGAGGGCGAGACUUGCCUGCCGAUCCACCUUGCCCACUCGGCGCGGGUCAAGGUGCGGCCGGCGGCCGGGGCCAUUGUGCCGGGUAGCAAGUCUGCCCACCACUGGCCGGAGAUGAGCUUUGCGUGGACCGACUACGAGGAGCAUGUGUCGCGAAAAGACAACGGCGAGCGGCCGUGGUACGGGUACAUGGGUGGCGAGACGCGAGCGUCAGCCCUGGAGGAGACGGCCGCGAACGGGAUGGGCUCGGUGCUGGACCCAGACUGGUCUGUGGUGGUCAUGAUCACUCGCAACUCUGCGGUGGAGGAGGGCAUGAUGUCGAGCGUGCCAGCCUCGCUCCCGCACCACACCCUCACGCUCUCGCCGCCGCUAGUUCUGCAGGGAGUGGUGCCCGGGGCGAUGGAGUUCCAGCUGGAAGACGCCGAGUCCGAGCACGCGCUGGAGGGCGAGCUUGCCGAGGGCGAGGAGGUCCACGUCUACGGCCUCCACCUAGGGCACCCGAUCCUGCUUCGGGUGCGGAUUCCGAGCCUCGGCUACCACGAGUGGUCCGAGUCUGCCGUGGUCUUUGCCAAGCCAGCGACCAAGAGUCUUGGCUUUACGCGGACGCCCAAGACAGAUCCAUUUGUGGUCCUCCACGAUGGCGCGGGACGCGAGCUCAAGCUCGAGCUGCUGCGCCGCAAGACAGCCGGUGGCGGUGGGCGGCACGUGGGCGUGUUUGCACCGUAUUGGAUCCUCAACCAGUCGCACCUGCCGUUGACGGUGACUCAGGAGCACGGAUUCAACAACAAGCACACCGAGGUUGCGGGUCUGCCUGGCGGAGGGCUUCCGCAUGGCGAGCUGCUGAUGACCGCCUUCCCAGAGGCCGGCCUGCUCAAGCGCAAGCUUGCAAUUCGGGUGGGCGGCGAGUCCAAGUUUAGCAAGUCGUUCUCGAUCGAUGCGGUGGGCUCGGUCGGUGUGGUACAGGUCAAGGGCAUGGCGCUGCCGGAAGUGGCUGAGGCUGAGGCUGAGGCUGAGACCGAGACCAAGGACACGGCUGAAGGCAAGGCCGAGACCGAGGCCGAGGCCAGCGGCGAUGAUGCAUGUGUCGAGCGGGCGACGGCGCUGUUCGAGUUUGGCGUGUCGGUGACGACCGGGACGGGGCCGUUUGCAGUUGUCAAGCAGGUGACUGUGGCGCCGCGGUUCGUCAUUGUUAACCGGGUGGCAGACUUUGGGGUGCGUGUGCAGCAGGUAGGCGCGCCGGAGGGAACUGGAGUCCCUGUUGCGGCAGGCGGGCGGACGCCGUUCCACUGGGUCUCUUCCAAGCUCAAGCGGCAUGUGUCGCUGGUGGUGGAGGGCGCCGGGUGGCUGCCAUCGGGCCCGUUCUCGAUCGAUGACCUGGGCGUGUUUGGGCUCAAGUGCUACAACGAAGAGACGGACAUGGUGUACAUUUUCUCUGUGGAGGUCAAGCUCGUGGGCGCGAGUGUGUACGUGGUCGUUUCGCCCGAUACGGGCACUGCGCCGUUUAUGCUGGAGAACAUGUCGUCGCUGCCGAUCUUCUGCUGGCAAGACGGCCACCCUGAGCUCGGGCUGGAGCUUGGACCGCUCUGCCGGAUGCCGUACGCAUGGGACGCGCCUGCAUCGAAGCGGCGGCUGUGGGUGGCGUUUGGCGACAUGGCGAGUGAGGAGGCUGUCGACGCGCGGAUUGCGGUUGCCGAGUCGACAUCCAAGGCGACACGUGUCAAGGCAAAGAUCAAGGCGCGGCUCAAGGCGCAGCGUGGGGUGAAGAGCUACAACCUCUCGCGGUUCAAGCACUACAAGCCGUACAAGAUCGGGUCGGGCCUUCCGCGGGCUGUGGUGGACAUUUUCCCCGACGGGCCGACACGGGUGUUCCGGGUCAUGGACAAGGGCUCGAAGCUUGCGGCGCUGUCAGCGGCGGUCCGUGCGCCGGACUUUGACGACGAGACCGAGUACGAGGAGUCUGUGGCGUCGUCUUCUGUGGUGGGCUCGGGCGAUGUGGCAGCCCUGCGGCCGGAGGAGCAGGAGGAAGUGAUGUCGUUUGGCGUGACGGCAGACAUCGCGGGCGUAGCGGUGUCUGUGGUCGACGCCCAGCCGACUGAGAUCCUGUACUUCGGGCUUGAGAGUAUUGCGGCCAACUAUUCGGUGUCGAACAUGUACGAGCGGCUGGAGGUGCUUGUGGCCAACGUCCAGCUGGACAACGCACUCGGCCUCGCGCAAUACCCUGUCGUCCUUGGCCCGCGGCUGGACAAGCUCGGUGAGAAGCCUGUGGUGACGCUCGGGUACACCAAGUCGGUCAAGUAUCCAGACAUCCAGUACUACCAUCAGGCGUCGUUCCUGCUUCAGGAGAUGAACCUGAUGGUGGAGGAGGCGUGGUUGAGUCGGGUGCUCGCCUUUGUGUCGACGCUGCCCGAGGCACCGACGCCUCCGACGGGCGAAGGCGAUGGAGACUCUGGUCCAGGCCCGAUGUCUGUCUCGCAGGCGUUCAUUGCGGCAGCGGCGGAAGAGGUGGGUGUGGAGCAGAGCGGCGCGGCGCUGUUCUACUUUCAGACGCUGCUGCUGAACCCGAUCAAAAUUAACGUGACGUACUCGUCGUCUGCGCUCGGUGACGAUGAGGGGUCGUCGUCGGAUGGCGCCGGAAACGGCAAUGACGACGAGGUCGGCGGCUCGAUGUCGGUUCUUCACGCUCUCGGGUUCACCUUUGCCAACGUGGACGCCGCGCCGCUCAAGUUCAACCUGCUCAUGCUGGAGCACGUGUUCGAGUCGCAGAACGAGGUUGUGUCGCGGAUCACUACGCACUAUGUGAUGCAGGGCGUGGCCGAGUCGUACAAGCUGAUCGGGUCUGUGGAGGUGCUUGGCAACCCGGUGGGCCUGUUCAACAACCUGGGCACCGGCGUGGCCGACUUUUUCGUAGAGCCCGCCAAGGGCAUCACCCAGUCGCCGCGCGAGUUUGGCAAGGGUCUUGGGCGUGGGACAAGCUCACUGCUCAAGAACUCUGUGUACGGCGUGUUCAACUCGGCGGCGGCAGUAACCGGGACCGUGGGGCGCGGGCUGGGAUACCUCACCCUUGACGACGAGUAUAUCGAGCGGCGUGCGCGCGCGGAGCGAAACAAGCCCAAGCACGUGGGUGACGGUCUCAAGCAGGGCUUUACAGCGUUUGGGCGCGGCAUCUUUGAAGGUGUGACCGGCAUUGCAUACCAGCCGUACAAGGGCGCCAAAAAGGCCGGCUUCAAGGGCUUUGUCAAGGGCAUGGGCAAGGGCGUGACUGGGCUGCUCUUCAAGCCUGUGGCGGGAGCGCUCGAUCUUGUGACCAAGACAGCGGAGGGUAUCCGCAACACAGCAACGUACUUUGACGCCAAGGCGGCGCGGCUCCGGCCGCCGCGGUACAUUGGCCCCGACGGGCGGCUACUGGCGUACUCGCCGGUAGCGGCGUACGGGCAGGAUCUGCUGGACACGGCUAAGGGCGGUGAUUUGGUUAAGACUGACCACUAUGUGUUCCACGCUGAACUGUACAACCGCAAGGGCCACUACGUGGUUGUUUCUGAUAAGCACCUGCUCAUGGUGCAGCCGAAGAAGCGCGAGACGUCAACCGACUGGGUCUGGCCGCUCGCCGGCCUCGUCUCGGUUGAGCUGGAAGGCGACACAGUGACCGUCACCGGCUCGACGCUCGACCUCGCGAACAAGGUCGCCGACAAGGUGCUCAAGACCAAACCGAAGCAGCUGCAUCUGCAAAUGAUUGACGAUAAGACGGCCGUUUGGCUUGCGAACCGGAUUGAGCUUGCGCGGGAUGCGUGGCUCGUGGCGCGGAGUGGCGCCGUGAUGGCGUAAAACCAUCGUAGAAUCUUCUAUGGAAGGCAGAAUCUCUCCAGCCAAACCCCUCAUCCAGGUAAUUGCAUCUGCAUCACACAACUACCUUCCCCUCAACACAUUCUGUACACUCCAACGCCAUCUACAUACCUCACUCAUUCCUCUGUCCCAUCCAAUCGCUCUCCUCUCCUCCUCGAACAGCCUCCA